GUGAUAGAAUUUGCUGCUUGAACCUUCUCGUCCAACAUGCCUUCGGUCGCCUCCAAAAUACCGUCUGCGGAUGAACUAAAAGCCCUUUUCCCUUUAACCCUUCCCAUUCCAACGCCUGACACGACUCCCGACCUCAUCACCCCCAAAGACUUUUAUCGCGAAGAAAAUCUCCUCCGGAAUCCUCAGUCUUUCCAAGCAUGGUGGUCGGCAAUACACACUGCACGAGAAUCUUAUGCCGCUGAGAUCAAACUUGAACGCUCAGAUCUUCCAGAGUCAAGCGUCGCGUUACUGGGUCCUCUCGCGACACCGCUUGCUAGAAUUUCGUUCCAACGACUAACUUACUUGUACGAAUCAGCACUAGUACACUUUCCAAACUCGUUCAAGAUGUGGAAAUCCUAUCUAAUAAUGCGUAUGUCCUUUGUGCUGGGCAAACAAGUCGUCAAGAAGAGGGCCGGCGGCAGGAAAAAGUUCCCUGAAAUGAAGGAUGCUCUGGUGGAUGAGCGGGAGGAUCUUGAACAGUGGGAAGGGGGUCUCAACGGUAUAAUAGGUUGGGAGGAAUGGAAAUCACUGAUAGCAACCUUCGAGCGUGCUUUGAUGUGGGUACCAAAUCUACCCCGAUUAUGGCUCAUGUAUCUCUCAAUUUUUUUUCACCCAAUGUGUCCGCCUAUCGUCUCCUAUACCCAUGCACGGCAUACAUUUGAUCGAGCUUUACGAACCCUUCCUCCAUCUCUUCAUUCCCGUAUAUGGGUCCGCUACCUACUAUGGGCAGAAUCCAGAGGCGGCCCUACCCUUGUCGCAGUCUAUCGACGCUACAUUUCCGUCGACCCAAGCGUAACGGAAAACUUUACCCAUCUCUUAUUGCAUCCCAUCGACGGAAAGGCACGUCCGCUUGAAGCCGCCAAACUACUACUUUCGCUAGCGCGAAAGGCUGCUAAGGGAGAGUAUCAAAGCCCCGAGGGUAAAAGUCCAUACCAACUACUUGGUGAUUGGAUCGACGUCGUUGAAAAGUUCUCGGACGAAGUUGGCCUUGAUGUUGAAGAGACACUGCAAUCCAAUGCUGCUGUGGCUGAGACAGAUGCGAAGGAAACUGAAACUGAAGCCGAGGCUGCACCCGCUUCUGUCGAUGGAAAACUCAUCCGAAUGGCAGGCCCCGCUGUAGCAGUUGACGCUGAUGGGAAAGCUCUACCUCCUUACGAUGAAGAUACAGACUUCAAGAGUCCACGAAAGCUUAACAUUGAGCAAAUCAUUCACAAGGACGGUUUCGCCGUGUACAAAGAUCAGGCAGGGCGGCUUUGGACUGGGCUUGCAACGUAUUGGAUCAAACGUGGAGAGUUUGAUCGUGCCAAGGAGACGUUCGAGAAGGGACUUGAUUCAGUCCUGACGAUACGGGACUUUACGCAAAUUUUCGAUGCAUACGCUGAAUUCGGAGAAUCGUUGAUCAGUGCUAUGAUGGAGAGUCUUGCAGAUGAGGAAGAUGAGGCAGAGGCUGCGGAAACGGAGAAGGAGCUCGAUGUGAGGAUGAAAGAGUUCGAAGAGCUCAUGGACCGGAGACCAUUCUUGAUCAACGGCGUGUUGAUUCGACGGAAUCCUAACGAUGUGCAGGAAUGGGAAAAGCUGGUGGCUCUUCAUGGAGACGAUGACGAAAAGGUAGCCAAGACCUACACCAAGGCGCUAGAAACCGUCAAUCCUCGGAAAGCAACCGCCAACCUCCACCGAUUAUAUGUAAACUUUGCUAAGUUCUAUGAAGAGGGUGGGAUAACUGGCCAGGCAGAACCAGAUCUUGAUAGCGCGCGCAAAAUUCUCGAAAAGGGUACGAAGAUCAACUUCAAAACAGUAGAAGACUUGGCGGAAAUCUGGUGUGAAUGGGCGGAACUGGAGAUCCGUCAUGAUAACUACGAUGAGGCGAUCCGUGUUAUGCAGCGUGCUGCUGCUAUCCCCAAGAACACGAAGAUAAACUAUCAUGAUCAUUCUCUAUCUGCACAGACGAGGUUGUUCAAAUCUCUCAAGCUCUGGUCAUUUUAUGUUGACCUGGAAGAAUCUAUCGGCACAGUGGAGACCACCAAGAUGGUCUAUGACAAGAUUCUUGACCUUCGAAUCGCCAACGCCCAGAUAAUUGUUAAUUAUGCUGCAUUCUUGGAAGAAAACAAAUACUACGAAGAAAGCUUUAAAGUUUACGAUCGAGGCGUAGAGCUUUUCACGUUUCCCAUCUCAUUCGAAAUCUGGAAUAUCUACCUGGCAAAAUUCGUGAAGCGUUACAGUGGCUCUAAACUCGAGCGUGCACGAGAUCUAUUUGAGCAAGCGCUUGAAAAAUGUCCUCCAAAAUCUUGUAAACCUAUAUUCUUGAUGUACGCCAAGCUGGAGGAGGACUAUGGGCUUGCUAAACGCGCGAUGUCGAUAUAUGACCGUGCGACACAGGUUGUGGCGGAUGAGGAUCGGUUUGAGAUGUUCACGAUAUAUAUCGCCAAAGCUACCGCAAAUUACGGUCUACCUGCAACACGUCCUAUCUAUGAACGAGCUCUUGAAGUUCUACCCGAUCGUCAAACCGCCGAGAUGUGUCUCCGAUUCGCUGCUCUCGAGCGCAAACUUGGCGAAAUCGAUCGAGCACGGGCUAUCUAUGCUCACGCCUCACAAUUCUGUGACCCCCGCGUAAACCCACAGUUCUGGUCAGAGUGGAACGCGUUCGAGUACGAGACAGGAUCGGAAGACACGUUUAGGGAGAUGUUGCGAAUCAAGCGGAGCGUGCAGGCACAGUUCAACACAGAGGCGAGUUAUAUCGCGGCGCAAACUAUGGCUGCUCAACAAGGGACACGUCAAGCUGACAAUAAUGCAACGGAAGAGGCUUCUGAUGCGAUGGCGGCUGCGGAGAGAGAGGCUGGUAGUGCGCCAUCGUUUGUUGCUGCUAAACAAACUGCUUUGCAUCCACAACCACAACCUGAUGCUGCCGCUUCCGCGACUGCGACGACAGCUGCCAAUGUAGACGAAAUACAUAUCUCAGAUGAAGAAGAUUUAUGAUUCAUUCCUGUGUCGUUGUAUUUCAUAUCUACGUAGUGUACAACUUCAUAUAUU